CAAUUGCACAGAAAGUUCACCAUUUUGAUAUAAAUCCAAAAGAGCUAUUGUGGAAUGGAAGCUGGACACAGUCAGAAAACGACACCGUAUGCACCUCGGAGAAACGUAUCAGAUUAAAACUCGUGGCUUUAUCGUAAAUUCAACAACACAGUUUGGGCUUUUUCCUAUCCAGUUUCCCCAUUCUCAACAAACACUCAAAAUCUAGAGAGAGGGAGGAAGACGGUGAAUUAAGGUAAAAAAGGGAACUGCUCGAAUUUCGAUCAAUUGAGAGAUGGGAUCGGAGGGUCCGAAUUCGAUUCGAAUAAACGUGACAGGAUUCAAGAGAUUCCAUGGGGUUGAUAAGAAUCCAACCGAGACCAUAGUCAACAAUUUGAGGGAUUACGUUGAGAGCAACGGACCAAACGCGGAUUAUACUUUGGGAAUCUGCAGCAUUCUCGAAACUGCUGGCACCGGUGCAGUUACGCAGCUCUACAAAGUGUUGGAAUCGGGAAUAUCCACGGGGAUCAAUUCGGAUAACAAAAAUGUCGUCUGGCUUCACCUCGGGCUUAGUAGUGGGGCAUUGAAGUUUGCCCUCGAGCGUCAAGCAAUAAACGAAGCCAGUUUCUGCUGUCCAGAUCAGCUUGGAUGGCAGCCCCAGCAAAUUCCCAUAAUUCUUGGCGAUGGUGGAGUAUCCCAGCGAAGAAUGACAUCUUGCUCGGUGGAUGCUAUUUUGGAGAUUUUGAAGAUGAAGGGCUAUGAUUUGACGAUAUCGAACGAUGCAGGCAGAUUCGUGUGCAAUUUUGUGUACUACCAUUCCCUCAUGUAUGCGGAGCAGAAAGGGCAUAAAUGUCUUUUUGUUCACAUUCCGCCGUUUUCGAGGGUCGACGAGGAAACCCAAAUGCAGUUCGUGGUAGCGCUUCUAGAAGCUAUUGCAUCAACCUGCUGAUUUUCGAAAGGCAAAUGUAGUUUUUAUGGAUUUGAAUUUUCUGUCUUGAAUAAUGUUGAGUUUGUCUUAAGAUAUUUGGUUAUGGCUGUUUUAUCCCAAGACAUUUCCUAAGAUAUAUCUCAAAGAAUUGAGUUUAUUUUCUUUAA